CUUCUCGCAUCAGGAAUUUGUAACGUGCCAUAUUAUUACCAAUGGGUAUAUCUGGAGAACCAAAUGUCACCACGGAACAGGGCAAUUUCAAGUUUUUGAAAAUGCCAGCGGUUUAUGCAGCCGCACCUUUCAUCGAAGAUUUCUUGUCGCUGCGUUUUGCCAUUGAAGCUUCAUCCUAGGACUGGAUUGGCCGCUAAUGGUCCCAGCUGUGCGAUUUCGUUAGCUCGCAGAGACCGCAGUUGUCGUAUCCAUUGAAGUAGCCUACGUACAGUAGCCUAAAGGAAAAAAACGGCGUGAUGAUGUGCGAGGUGAUGCCCACCAUCAGCGAGGACACGGCUCAGCGGGGCUCUCAGAGCAGCGCCUCGGACCCAGACUCCCACUUUGAGCAGCUGAUGGUCAACAUGCUGGAUGAGAGAGACCGCCUGUUGGACACUCUGAGGGAGACCCAGGAGAGCCUGGGGAUGUCCCAGCAGCACCUGGAGGACGUUAUCUACGACCGGGACUCACUGCAGCGCCAGCUCAGCUCCGCCCUGCCACAGGAGUUUGCAGCCCUGACCAAGGAGCUGAACGUGUGCAGAGAGAACCUUCUGGAGAAAGAGGAGGAGAUCUCUGAGCUCAAGGCCGAGAGGAACAACACCAGGUUGCUUCUGGAGCAUCUGGAGUGCCUGGUGUCCAGGCAUGAGCGGUCACUACGUAUGACUGUGGUCAAGCGGCAGGCCCAGUCCCCCUCAGGCGUGUCCAGUGAGGUGGAGGUCCUCAAAGCGCUCAAGUCCCUGUUCGAGCACCACAAAGCUCUAGACGAGAAGGUGAGGGAGAGACUGCGGGUGUCGCUAGAGAGGGUCUCUGCAUUGGAGGAGGAGCUAACAUCAGCCAACCAGGAGAUUGUGGCCUUACGGGAGCAGAAUGCCCACAUCCAGAGGAAGGUGGCGUCAGGGGACGGGUCAGAGGACAUGCUGGAGGGCACUGAUGCCAGCCAGAAGGUACAUAGCAAGCGCCUGUCCAACGGCUCCAUGGAGUCGGCCCAUGAGGCGGGCCAGGUGGUGGAGCUGCAGGACCUGCUGGAGAAGCAGAACUAUGAGCUGGCCCAGAUGAAGGAGCGCAUGUCUUCCCUGUCGUCCCGCGUCUCCGAGGUGGAGCAGGAGCUGGACACCGCGCGCAAGGACCUCAUCAAGACAGAGGAGAUGAGUACCAAGUACCAGAGGGACAUCAAAGAGGCUAUGUGUCAGAAGGAGGACAUGGAAGAGAGGAUCGUCACUCUGGAGAAGCGGUACCUCAGCGCCCAGAGAGAGUCCACCUCCCUGCACGACAUCAGUGACAAACUGGAGAAUGAGCUGGCCAAUAAGGAAGCCUUCCUCAGACAGAUGGAGGAUAAGAACAGGCAGCUGCUGGAGCGUUUGGAGAUAGCAGAGCAGAAGCUGCAGCAGACCAUGAGAAAGGCUGAGACCCUGCCAGAGGUGGAGGCUGAACUGGCCCAGAGGAUAGCAGCACUCACCAAGGCGGAGGAGCGCCACGGCAGCAUCGAGGAACGCAUGAGGCACCUGGAGGGCCAGCUGGAGGAGAAGCACCAGGAGCUGCUCAGAGCUCGGCAGAGAGAAAAGAUGAACGAGGAACACAACAAGCGCCUGUCGGACACGGUGGACAGACUUCUCACAGAGUCCAACGAACGUCUUCAGCUCCACCUGAAAGAGAGGAUGGCUGCUCUGGAAGAGAAGAACGUUUUAAUACAAGACUCGGAAGGCUACAGAAAACAGUACGAGGAUUCAAUCCAUGAAAAAACUCAUCUGGCAGAUGAGAUAGACAAGCUGAGAUCAGAGUUGGACCAGUUCCGACUGAGAACAGGCUCACUCACAGAACCCACUCUGUCACGGUCUCACCUAGACACGUCGGGGGAGCUCCGCUUUUCCCUGGGCUCCCUGGCUGAGACCCAGUCAGACCACUACCGGUCAGCCAAGGUCAUCCGCAGGCCCAGGAGAGGACGCAUGGGUCUCCACAGGGACGAGAGCAAGGCUAAGUCACUGGGGGAGCACGAGUGGCGCUCUCAGCAGCUAGGCAUCCUGGGUAGCCACCCGUUUGAGAGUGAGAUGUCUGACAUGUCGGACAUUGAUGACGAUGACCGGGAGACCAUGUUCAGCUCCAUGGACCUGCUGUCCCCCGGCGGUCACUCAGACGCCCAGACCCUAGCCAUGAUGCUGCAGGAGCAGCUAGACGCCAUUAACAAAGAGAUACGACUGAUCCAGGAGGAGAAGGAGUCGACAGAGCUGCGGGCGGAGGAGAUAGAGAACCGUGUGGCCAGCGUCAGCCUGGAGGGUCUCAACCUUGCCCGUAUGCAUCACCCCGGAGCCUCCAUCACCGCCUCGGCCACCGCCUCCUCCCUGGCCUCUUCCUCCCCGCCCAGCGGACACUCCACCCCCAAGUUGGACCACCGCAGCACCGCAGACAUGGAGCGCAUGGGUAUCAUGACACUGCCCAGUGAUCUGAGGAAACACAGGAGAAAGAUUGCGGCCACCGACGAUGACGGCCAGGACAAGGCUACCAUCAAGUGUGAGACGUCCCCUCCUCCCACGCCCCGGACCGUACGCAUGACCCGCACACUGCCAGCCUCCUCACACAACGAGGCCCGAGGCAUUGCUGCCAGCCUGGAGGCAGAGGCCAGUGCUCUGAGCAGCGUAGCCAGCAGUCAGGACUCCAUCAACAAGCAGCCCAAGAAGAAAGGCAUCAAGUCCUCCAUCGGACGCCUGUUUGGCAAGAAGGAGAAGACCAGACUGGCACAGCUGCAUGCCCACAGGGAGGCCAUCGGGCAGAGCCAAGGAGUGUCUGAUCCAGACCUGGGUCAGGACAUGGCUGUGGGGAAGCUGGGGACUCAGGCUGAGAAAGACCGCCGGCUGAAAAAGAAAAGCGGGCACGAGCUGUUGGAAGAGGCGAGGAGGAAAGGCUUACCUUUCGCCCAAUGGGACGGCCCCACAGUGGUGGCCUGGCUGGAGCUGUGGCUGGGGAUGCCCGCCUGGUAUGUGGCGGCGUGUCGUGCCAACGUGAAGAGCGGUGCCAUCAUGUCUGCCCUGUCGGACACAGAGAUCCAGAGGGAAAUUGGCAUCAGUAACCCCCUGCACCGCCUCAAACUGAGACUGGCCAUCCAGGAGAUGGUCUCCCUCACCAGUCCAUCUGCCCCGCCAACCUCCAGAACCCCGUCAGGCAAUGUAUGGGUGACCCACGAGGAAAUGGAGACCCUCGCAGCACCCUCCUCCAAAACGAGGUCCGGGGAGUCCGAGGAGGGGAGCUGGGCGCAGACUCUAGCGUAUGGUGACAUGAACCAUGAGUGGAUAGGGAACGAGUGGUUGCCCAGUCUUGGACUACCUCAGUACCGCAGCUACUUCAUGGAGUGCCUGGUGGACGCCCGCAUGCUGGACCACCUCACCAAGAAGGACCUCCGGGUGCAUCUCAAAAUGGUGGACAGCUUUCACAGGACGAGUUUGCAGUAUGGUAUCAUGGGUCUGAAGAAGCUCAACUAUGACAGGAAAGAGCUGGAGAGACGCAGAGAGCACAGCCAGCAUGAAAUGAGAGACGUGCUGGUGUGGAGCAACGAGCGGGUGAUUCGCUGGGUCCAGAGCAUCGGCCUAAAGGACUAUGCCAACAUCCUGCUGGAGAGCGGCGUGCACGGGGCCCUGGUCGCCCUCGAUGACAACUUUGACCACACCAGCCUGGCGCUGCUCAUCCAGAUCCCCAACCAAAGCACUCAGGCACGUCAGAUUCUGGAGAGGGAAUAUAAUAACCUGCUAGCCCUGGGCACUGAGAGACGACUGGACGAGUAUGAAGAUAAUGACCUCCGGGGGCCAUCGUGGAGGAGGCAGUUCCCCCCGCGGGAUGUCCACGGGAUCAGUAUGAUGCCUGGCUCGGCAGAGACCCUCCCCGCUGGCUUCCGUGUCACCACCGGCUCACACUCCCGUAGGCUACCCCCCGAAGUGCUCUAUGAGGCGCUGGAUGACAGUCCUGACGACAUGUAUUUGGACUGGUUUCAAGGUCAGAUAUACUGGAGCAAUACCAUGUGGCCUGCUGUUGGCCUGUGUGCCUUUACGCCCCCCCAAAACUCCCCGGUUCCUGCUGUCCACCCUACCGUACCUCCUCUCUUCUCCAACUGUCUUCUCUCUCUGCCUCUACUGCUCUGUUCCUCUGUUUCGUUCUGCUCCUGAUGACAACGACAAGGGUGGCCAUUUGUUUGUCCAGGUUGUCCGUUUGUUAUAGUAGACAUAUUGUGUGUCCAGUAAUUGUUACUCAGGUUAGUGUUAGUUGCAGCCUCUGCUGCUGCACCCUUGAAGUUAAAGCAAUUAAUCCCCUUUGCAUAUGUUAGUUGAGCUAU